AAUGGGAGUAGUUGCACCACCAUCAACAAAGCUUUACCAACACAAGAUGGAUUUCCAGUAAUCAGGGUUGCACUUGGUCUUAGUUUAGGAUUAUUGUCUGUAAUUUUUUGCGGAUUAUUCUUAUACUUAUGCAUAAAGAAGCGAAAGAUACUGAAACUCAAAGAGAAAUUCUUUCAACAAAAUGGUGGAUUACUGUUAAGACAACAACUACCUUCUCCCAAUGGUGCUGUAGACUCGACAAAGAUCUUUACAGAAGCUGAAUUAAAAGUGGCAACCAACAAUUACCAUUCGAGUCAAGUGCUAGGAGAAGGAGGCUACGGUACAGUUUACAAGGGAACGUUAUCUGAUAAUCGUGUUGUCGCUAUUAAGAAGUCGAACAAAAUAGACAAGAGUCAAAUUGAGCAAUUCAUAAAUGAGGUUCUUAUUUUGACUCAAAUUAACCAUAGAAACGUAGUGAGACUUUUAGGUUGCUGUUUAGAAACUGAAGUUCCCUUGCUUGUUUAUGAGUUUGUAUCCAAUGGUACCCUUUCCCAACAUAUCCAACGAAAAGGCGCUUUUGAGAAUUCUUCCAUGUCUUGGGGAAGUCGUUUAAGGAUUGCUACCGAAAUUGCAAGUGCAAUAGCAUAUUUACAUUCUGCAGCAUCUACACCAAUCAUUCAUAGAGAUAUAAAGUCUGCCAAUAUAUUACUGGAUGAUAAUUAUGUUGCUAAAGUUGCAGACUUUGGAGCAUCAAGAUUAAUUCCUUUGGAUCAGACUCGUGUAAACACUGUUGUUCUUGGCACUUUUGGAUAUCUGGAUCCAGAGUACUUCCGUUCAAGCGAACUAACUGAUAAAAGUGAUGUAUUUAGUUUUGGCGUAAUACUAGUAGAACUGCUAACAGGAGAAAAACCAGUUUGCGCGGAAAGAUCAGAAGGACAGAGAAGCCUUGCAGAAUAUUUUCUUUCUUUGACCGCAAAAAAUGAAGAGUUCCAGAUCAUCGAUGCUCCAGCAGAUGAAGAACACUUGCAACAAGUCCUUGUAGUCAUAGAAAUAGCAAAGAAAUGCCUCAAGUGGAAGGGCGAAGAAAGGCCAACAAUGAAGCAAAUUGCCGCAGAUUUACAAGGCUUGGAAAAGUUCAAUUCAGCGGGAUGGGAUUCUCAGCCCUUGAACUUAGAAAAAACUGCAGGCUUACCAUCUGAGACGCAGAACCUUUACAGUAAUAUUCCUUCGAAUUUGUUUGACUAUUCCAACCAGUACACUUCAGAGACAAAUGUUGACCUCUCUAUGAACAAUCCUCGGUGA